AUGGAGUCUUGCAAGGGGCUAGAAGGAGAGGAGGUGAAGUGCGUGUGGGUUCAUGGACCUAUAAUCGUAGGGGCAGGACCCUCGGGACUCGCCGUUGCAGCGUGUCUCUCCCACCACGGAGUACCCUACGUCAUUCUCGAGAGGAGUGACUGCAUAACCUCCCUUUGGCAACACAGAACCUACGACCGUCUCAAACUCCACCUCCCCAAACACUUCUGCGAGCUACCCUUCAUGCCCUUCCCUCACCAUUUCCCAAAAUACCCCUCCAAGAACCAGUUCAUCUCCUACCUCAACUCCUACGCUUCACGCUUCAACAUCCGCCCUAGGUUCAACCAAUCCGUUCACACCGCUCACUUCGACCCCGCUUCCGAAUUCUGGGUCGUCAGAACCGACGAUUUUCAGUACAUUUCCCCGUGGCUCGUCGUCGCUACUGGAGAGAAUGCCGACCCUGUGAUUCCCUCAAUUGUUGGCAUGGACAAGUUUCACGGACCCAUUGUUCACACCAGCGUCUAUAAAUCUGGCUCUGAUUACAAAAACAAGAGGGUUUUGGUCGUUGGUUGCGGCAACUCAGGAAUGGAAGUUAGCUUGGAUCUGUGCAGGCACAACGCCAGCCCUUACAUGGUGGCAAGAAACACGGUACAUGUGCUGCCUAGGGAGAUGUUUGGCUUUUCGACGUUUGGAAUAGCGAUGGGUCUAUUGAAAUGGCUUCCAAUAAAGUUUGUUGACAAGUUGGUAUUGGCGUUGGCUAGGUUAAUGUUAGGUGACACUGCUCGCUACGGCGUUAGGAGGCCAAAAACUGGGCCAUUAGAGCUCAAACUUGUCACUGGUAAAACCCCUGUGCUGGAUGUUGGACAAGUCGCGCAAAUAAGAUCCGGUAACAUAAAGGUGAUGGAAGGUGUGAAGGAGAUAACAAGGAAUGGUGCCAAGUUUAUGGAUGGACAAGAAAAGGAGUUCAGUGCUAUAAUAUUAGCAACGGGUUACAAAAGCAACGUGCCCACUUGGCUUAAGAGCCGUGAAUCUUUCACGAAAGACGGAAUGCCGAAAACGCCGUUUCCAAUGGGUUGGAAGGGAGAGAAUGGAUUGUAUACGGUGGGGUUCACGAGAAGAGGUCUUCUUGGAACUGCAUCAGACGCCGUCAAGAUUGCUGAAGACAUCGCUGAUCAAUGGAUGACCGUUAAGGACAAAUCAUACCGGAAUUCCCACAUCAUCUUGCUCAAGAGUACAUAG